UAAGACAAAUUAUAAAUAACACUCUACUAUACAAAUCCUAAAAAUAAAAUCCCUGAUAAAAAAAGAGCGACGGUGAUGGCGAUUUAGGGUUCCAUAUUUUCUCGAAGAUGGGAUCCGGGUAUUAUCAACGGCGAAUGGAUCAGAGGUUAUCUUUAUCGAAUCAAGGGUAGCAUGUAUAUGGGAACACGAUUUCGAUCAGAUCAGCGAUGUAUGGUGAUGGAAUUUAAAGGGGUUUAUUCGGAGAAGAUAAGGAAGAUCGGGAUUAUUGGGGAAGAAGAUUCGGUUUCAGUCAUCAUUAAGAUGAAAUCGAAUGUAUUUAAAGAGUCAAUUGCUCAACAAGGGUGAGAUGAAGAAUGGUGACAAUACCCGCAAGAGGUUGAAGAUAACGGUGCCUCCACUUUGAUAACUCCGAGUUGAUCAAAAACUUCUCCAAAACGUUGAUUGGUCGGUGCAUGAAUCCGCCGGAGCAAGACAUGAAGGCAUUGAUCACGAACCUGCUGAAAAUAUGGGGCUUGGAAAAACGGGUUACUGGCAUGGAUCUGGGACUUGGAAAGUUUCAAUUCGUUUUUGAAACUGAGGAGGAGAUAGAGGGGGUCUUGAAGCUUCAACCUUAUCACUUCGACUACUGGAUGCUCUCAUUGGCUCGAUGGCAAUCAAAGAAAUCUCCACAAUUUCCUUCGGAGAUAACUUUUUGGGUUCGAGUGUUAGGCGUCCCAGCGGAGUUCAGGACGGCGCCUACAUAUGAAAGUAUUGGGGAUGCUAUUGGAAGAACGGUGAUGUUGGAUGUGGAACACGCGAGGGUCCAAGUGGUGGUAGACGCCUUCAAGGGGCUUUGCUUCGAAACCACUAUCGACUUCAAGGGAGGGGAAUUCUACGCGAGUGAGGAAGCUUUGGUGUCUCUACGGUACGAAAAGUUCUUCGGCUUUUGUGACUUUUGUUCCAGUCUUUGCCAUAAGGAUGAGAAGUGCCCUCUGGAUCCUAAGAACAUAAAGACGAGCCCGGAGAAGAGUAGGGAGAUGAGAGAGGGAAAUGGGGGAUGGCACGAGGUAGGCAAACAUGAUGAAAGAUCCUGGAGUUAUAAGGGAGUGGUUAUCAAUGGAAAUAUCAAUCAACCAAAUAGAGAGAGAGAGAGAGUCGAGCUUAUUCUGGGAAGAGGAAGGGCAAAGUGGCUGACGAUCAUGAUUACAAAUGGGUGAAGACAGCGGAGAGGGGUCAUAAGAGAACCUCCUCAUACCAUGGGAAUUCCCGUGGGGACGCAGAAGGUUUGCAUAGAAGAUCAUCACGAAGAGAGGAAACAACUGGUGCGCCACAGGAGGUGCGCCUUCAAGCAUCUCCAAGAUAUGUGGAAGGGCAAAAUGGGAAGGAUGAGAUACGUGAAGAGAAACAUGAGGAAUGGGAGAUAAAAAGUGCUGAAUAGGAAACUUUGGCUCAUGUUUCUAAGGAAUUUCAAGCUGCACUUGCUGAGACUCAGGAGACUGGUUUGGAGAUGAUCUCUGAUCCUGUGGAUGGAGAGGAGGGUUUACAGAAAAAUCCAAAGCCUUGUCGUGAAUGAUAGAGCUUCUGAAGGAGAAGAGGAGGAUGUGAUGGAAAUGGAUGAGUUUCAAGCAGCAUUGAUGGAGCAUGGUUUAGAUACGCAGGCAAUAGAUGCUCUUCCGGUAGUCUCUGAGGAAGAAUUGGAGGAAAUGAUGGCGGGCUAUGAGGAGGAUGAUCAACUUCAGGAGGCAGGGGAUCAGACUAAUGGCGCAGAAGAGAAGAAUAAGGAAGCAAUAGAGCAGGCACAGAAACAGGGGCCUCGUAAAAGGUUGUUUAAGCCAUCAAUCAACGUAGCAGGAAGCACAGAGAUGAAGAAUGCAGUUGCUCUUGUCUCCCCUCGCAAACGUGCAACACCCAAGAUGGGGACUCGUAAAGGGGAUACAAAUAAGCAAUUGGAGAGUAAGGGAUCGUCAAACCUGAACUCUGGAAAUCUGAAGAAUUAAUUUAUGGAUCAAGUCUUACUAGUUUCUAGCAAGCAGGGUUUGGGGUGUUUAUUUUUCAAAGUUUUUUAUUUGUUGUUUUGGUGUUGGGCAAGAUCUCUAUGUAAGAUCAUGCAUUGGAAUAAAAUUUACUAUUUGGAUU